AUGCCAGAUGCAGUUCUUGUUGAGUUUGAGGAUGAAGAGGGAAGGUCUGUUUCAGACAGACUACACGUGCCAGUCAGUAUCCUCAGAACACAGCUACAGGCUCUUGCUAAUACACAACUUUCGCUGUAUGUGAAUGGGCAGCCACUGCUGGAGUCUCUUGAUGAAACUCUGAAGGUUGUUGGCAUUUUAUCGGCGGAGGAGAUUGUGAAGAUUCGGAUGUGCGAGGAUGAGCCUGCUGCACAGGCUGCGUUCCAUUGCUCUUCCUCGUUUAGUGGACAUGAAGGGCCUGUGUUGUGUGUAAAGUAUGCAGAUGUGAUUGCCACAGGGGGAGGUGACUCGACCGUUAGAUUUUGGGAUCCACAGACAAAGACACAAAGUAAGAUUGUAAAACAGCACGACCACUGGGUUCAAUGCCUCGAUGUAUCUGCAGAUGGAAAAUAUGUUGCAAGCGGUGCAUUGGACGGAGGAAUUUGCCUGUACACUGCAGAUGGAGAAUAUGUAAGAAGCUUUCCAAAGCAUAAGAAAGGAGUGGUAGUGGUGAAGUUCUACAAUGGGAAUCUUGUUACUGGGUCCAGAGACAACGCUGUGAUUGUGUGGGAUCUAAGCGGAAAGGUGCUCGCAUCGUAUGCACAUUCAAUGGCAGUCACAUGCAUAUGCACUGGAAACGAUUACUUGGCAUCAGGAGGUAAGGAUGCAAGAAUCAAGGUGUACAAGAACAUGAAGUUUUUUGACGAGCUAAGGGGACAUGCACAUGGUAUAAAUGCAAUUGAUUGUAAUGGAAUAUACAUGGUGUCUGGAUGUGAUGGAGGAGAGGUGAUUGUAUGGAAGGACUUUGUGCUUUGCAGACGAAUGAAGCACAAGGCAGAGGUGAUCUCUGUGUCUAUAUCGUCGAACAGGUUGUAUAUAGCAUCUGGAUCGUUUGACAAGACGGUGAAGAUAUGGAGUUUGGACACUGGGCAGAUGAUGCACAGUUACAGCCAUGUGGACUUUGUGUAUAAGGUUAAGAUGAUGAAUGACCUGGUUGCAUCGUGUUCGAAGGACAAGAUGGUCAAAAUGUUCCGAAUGAGCAAAAAGAAGGUGGUGAGUGAGUUUGUGUGUGACUCUGAGGUGUAUUGCUUUGAUGUGAAGGAUGGAGAGCUUGUUUGUGGGACGAAGAGCAAUAGAGUAUACUUCUUCAGGUAA